AUGGACGACGCCACACGCGCACUCAUCACCCAUGCGGUCAACAACCAGCAGCAGAGCACCGUAACGGUUCUGUCUUCGCUGCUCGCGGUUGAAGACGCCAUCGGCUACAUCCCCAAAGAGGCCGUUGAUUCCGUAGCCGACCGCAUGGACGCCACCAUCAACGACGUGUGGGCAGUGGCCACCUUCUACCCCAACUUCCGGUUCGAGCCGCCCACCGAGCAUCGUAUCGAAGUCUGCUGGGGCCCGUCCUGCCACGUCAUGGGCGCCACCGCCAUCAUCGCCGCUGCCUUGCAAACUCUCGACUUGGCUGAUGAAGGCGACACCCCCGAUGGCAAGGCCACCCUGCGCUACAACACCUGCUUGGGAGCCUGCGCACACGCUCCGGUAAUAGCCGUCGACCACCACCUGGCCGGGCGCAUCACUCCCGAAACCGCGCGCGCCAAAAUUGUCGCUAGCCUGUCCGCCGACGCCCACCACUGA